AUGUCGUUUGGUUCUGACACAAAUUUGAUUGGGCAAUGAGAGACAAAUUUCCGCUGCGUGUUGAGCUAAACCUCAUAUAAGGUCCUCACUAGCAAUUUUCAUGAUAGCAUCUCUGUGAAAACCUAAUGGCUGAAAGACUGCAGAAACACAGAUUUCAAAAGACUUCCCCUCGACCUUCCCCUUCCAAUUUCCUGUGGAAAAAAAUGUGUGGGCUCUUCUUUGUCCUGGUGAUGUGCACAGCAGGUGCCUCUGCUUUCAGACUCCAAAAAGUCAAAAGCAUGGAAAACUGCCCAGAUCACACCGUGUUUUUCAAACACUACUAUGAAUUGCAUGGAGAACCUGUGGUUUUGAAGUGCCCUUCCCCUAGUUACAAACAUUUGGAUUUUUCUGCCUUGACCCCUAAUAUCACGUGGCAUAAAAAUGGUUCAAAAACCGUGAUAUCAGGAAGAGAUGAAGAUCCAAGAAUCUGGGCAAAAGGAAAUGCACUCUGGUUUUUACCAGCGAUGCUAGAAGAUUCAGGAGUAUAUAUCUGCACCAAAAGGAACUCCUCCUACUGUGCAGAAGUCUCCAUCCACCUCACAGUCGUGGAGAAAACAGCUGCUCGGGAGAUUGCCUAUCCCCAGGUCCUUUUCACUUUCACCUCUGGAAAGAUCGUUUGUCCUGACCUGUGGGAUUUUUCACCAAACUGGACAAGCCUGGAGCUCAAGUGGUACAAGGAUGCCCUGCCUUUGAAAGACGACAAUGAAAAAUUUGUCAUUCUGAAAGGUUCAACUUCUCUGAUCAUGACAUCUGUGCUACCAACAGAUGCUGGCUAUUACACUUGCAAGAUGUCAUUUCCAUUUGAGGGUGUGAUGUAUGAAAUCACCAGGACAAUUCAGCUGGAGACUGUUGAACAAGAGAAGAAAAUUACCCCAAUAAUUGUGUAUCCAACGCAAAAGACAACAUCAGCUGUUCUUGGCUCCAAGAUGACUCUUCCAUGCAAAGUGUUUAUUGGGCUGAGCAGCCAUGUUCAAACCGAUGUGGAAUGGCUGGCAAAUGACACCAGUGUUGAUGUGGUUUAUAAACAAAGCAGAGUUACAGAGGGAGAACGACAAGAAAUUGUAGAAAAUGGUGAAAACUUCAUUGAAGUACCAUUGAUUUUUGAUUCUGUUGAAGAAAUGGACUUUUACACAGACUUUACCUGUCUGGCCCAGAACAGAUACGGUUACCAAGUACUGCCAACAAGGGUCAAGCAGGAAGCUGUUGGCUUGUCCUGGUACAUUGCAAUGAUUCCCUUUGCAUUGGCCUGUGUGAUCGUGGGAGGGAUAUGCGUGCACAAGUGCUGGAAGCGGAGAGACGAUAAUGGAUAUAGAACAGCAAAGGUUUAAAUUCUGCCUGGUUCUCCAACUGCCAACAGAACAAAAAAUCACUGUGGCUAUCUUUCAUAUGAGGCACAGAGAGCAUUUCAGACCUGAUAUACUGCAUUCCCAACAGACAGAUAUAUAUCAGCUUUUUCCCUCUUCUCCAAGUCUUCUACCAUCUGACGAAGUUAAGAAUAUAAGUUUCCAUUUUUAUGCUGCCUAGAUGCAGGAAACCUGAUUCUAAUAUUUUGAAGCUUGGGUGCAAUCUGUAGAAUUUUGGAACACAGAAUACUGGGAUCAUGCUCUGGAUAUGGGAAAGGUAGGGAAAGAAAAGUGCUCUCACCCAAUAAACUUACUGGGUUUUCUUAC